AUGGAAGGGUUCUACACUAAUAAACCACUAACUUGUUCCCAAAAGAAGAAACUGAAAAAAAAACAACAACAGCUUCAAAUUGACAUAGAAAAGGAUGCAGUUAAAUCUACUGACACCAGCAAAUCGCAGGAAGAAAGGGCACUAGAUAUACAAUUAGCUAUAUAUGGUUUCAGAAUUUAUAAUAUUCCCGGUGAUGGCAACUGUUUGUAUAGAUCGAUAGCUCAUCAGCUAGACCCUAAAUCAACGGAAUUACACAGGGAGCUGAGGGUUAAGGCCGCAAAAUUCAUACUAGACCACAGAGAGGAAUUCAGCAGCUAUAUCUCAGAUAACAUAUGCGAGUAUGCAGACAAAAUAGCAAAUACUAACGAAUGGGGAGGCGAAAUUGAAAUUGUGGCGUUAUCGCGUGCUCUCAAUCGCAACAUUUUUGUGCACUGUGUGAGAUAUAAGGAACCAAUUUGUCAUGGGCACACAUCCGCUGUUGGGGAUGAUAUUCACCUAGUGUUUUACGAAUCCGCAUAUCUUUUGGGAGGUCAUUACAACUCUGUGACCAAAUUAUGA